AUGGCGACUCCUGCCUCGCGGCGAGGCCUGGCAGGCCCGCUCAAACGAUGGGCCGCCAAUCCCCUCGUGUACAACCUAUUCGUGCUGUCAAUCUUCGGCGGCGGCGUGCUGCUCAUGGUGCUGCCCGCUGAGCUACUGACGUUCAAGGCACCCGAGAAGGCUGAGUUAAACCUGGAGACCACGUUCUCCGAUUUGAGCUCUCAGGGCUGGCUGUCGCUCGCCUUCAUCGCAAUGGGCUUCAUUCUCAUGGUGUUCGACGUUGUUGGGGCCGACCUGGUGAUGAACAUGGUUUUGGCCCUUAUGGUCAUAUUCAAAAUCAUCACCAUCAAGUCUGCUCUUGUGGGCUACGGAAACUCGGGCUUGAUGACUGUCGUCACUCUGUUCAUGGUUGCUCAGGGCAUCACCUCCACCGGCGGCGCCGACUUCAUCAUCACCAAGCUGCUGGGAACCCCCAAGGACACCAUGCUGGCCCAAGUCCGCAUGUGCCUCGUCACCGCCCUCUUCUCCUCCUUCGUCAACGACACCCCCGUGUUCUGCAUCAUGCUCCCCAUUGUGCUCACGUGGGCCGCCAAGGCACGCCUGUCGAUCCGCCAGCUGCUCAUCCCCCUGUCCUACUGCUGCCUGCUGGGCGGCCUCAACACCACCAUCGGCACCAGCACCAACCUGGUGGUCACCGGCGCCUUUGACUCCCGUGUGCUCGACCCCGAGAGUGAGUACUACCAGGAGGGCUUGAAGCCGAUUGAGCUAUUUGGCAUUGCCCCCUACGGCAUCCCCAACACAUUCUGGGGCAUCAUCUACAUUGUCCUGGCAGCGCCCUUCCUGCUGACCGGCGGCGCCGGCAUGAAGGUCUACAAGCGGAUGGGCCGCGCGCUGUCCCGCAAGGCCCAGGGCGGCCUGGUGGAGGAGUCUGGCGCAGAUUUCUUCUUCGGCGUGCUCGUCACUGAGGGCUCCCCCGUGGUGGGGCACAGCAUCCAGGCUGCAGGCCUGCGCAACCUGGAUGGCCAGUAUGUGACCUCUGUUCGUCGCGGCAGCGAGCUGGUGCAUGCCGUGGGCCCCGAGUUCAUGCUGGCCACCGGAGACGUGCUGUACCUGUCGGGCCUCCCCGACGGCACCGACAAGCUGACGGAGCUGGGGCUGGUUCCCUUCAGCGAUGCAUUGGAGGAGAUUAACGAGACCGAGCUGCCCGGCCUCUCCGGCACCUUUGGCGUCUCCACCAUCUCCGUGCCCAAGGUGGGCCACCUGAAGACUGUGGACAGCCAGGGCGACGUGUCCUUCUCCCCGCCUGAGCUGGUGGAGGCGACGAUCCGGAAAGACUCCGACAUCGUGGGCCAGACCAUCCGCGGCUCUGCCUUCCGCAGCCGCUUCCAUGCCGCCGUGGUCGCCAUCAAGCGCAACGGCAUGCCCCUCAAGUGGACCGGCACCCAGAUCGGCGACGAAGUGCUCAAGGCCGGCGAUACCCUGCUGCUGGAUGUGGCGCCUCAGUUCUGGACCUCCCCCGCGGUCAACGAGGCCUUCACCGACCUCCACAAGGGCGGCCAGGUGCGCAGCCACAACGAGUUCCUGAUGGGCAUGCGCGUGACCAAGGCGAUGGCGGGCAAGACGGUGCAGAAGUCGGGCAUGCGCCAGCUACCCAACGCCUUCCUGGUGGCCAUUGACCGCGCCGGCGCCACCCUGCACGCCGUGUCCCCCGACGAGGAGCUGGAGGUUGACGACAUCCUGUGGUUUGCGGGCAACGCCGCCUCUGUGCGCUUCAUCCGCAACACCCCCGGCCUGGUGCCGCUGGCCGAGAAGCACGCGUCGAAGCUGCUGCACACCGCCGUCGUGGAGCGCCGCCUGGUGCAGGCCAUUGUGGCGCCCGAGUCUCCCCUGGUUGGCACCACCAUCCGCGAGUCGCGCUUCCGCGAGCAGUUCAACGCCGCCGUGGUGGCCGUGGCGCGGAAGGGCGAGCGCAUCCGCGCCAAGCCGGGCGACAUUGAGCUGCGGUCGGGCGACAUCCUGCUGCUGGACACCGGCUCCGCCUUUGCUGAGCAGCACAAGGCGAGUGGGCUGCCUGCGGGCGCCUUCUUGUUCUGGCCCGCUCCUGCUGCCCGCCUGCAGGACUCCAAGCACUUCCAGCUGAUCAUCGAGAUGCCGGACACCAACCCGCCGCGCUACCUGCACACCGCCAUCGCCAUCGCAUCCAUCGCCACCGCCUUCACCCUCUACGCCACCUCCAUCAUCGACAUCCUGCCCGCAGCCACCAUCGUGGUCGCCAUCAUGCUGCUCACCGGCUGCAUGUCGCCCGACCAGGCCCGCCGCUCCAUCCGCUGGGACGUGUACCUGAUGAUUGCCGGCUCCUUUGGCGUGUCUGCCGCGCUGGAGCAGUCGGGCGGCGCCGCCGCCAUUGCAAACCUGAUUGUGGACAUUGGCAAGAACGCGGGCGGCGGCAACUUCACCAUCGCCGCCGUCUACGUGGCGACCACCCUCAUCAGCCAGAUCAUCGCCAACAACAGCGCUGCCGCGCUCAUGUUCCCCAUCGCCGCCACCAUCUCCAAGAACGACAAUGUCGACAUCUACCUCCUCUCUUACGCCAUCAUGCUGGGAGCCAGCUCCGUUUUCAUGUCCAGCUUUGGGUACCAGACCAACCUGAUGGCGCUGGCCGCAGGGGGCCACUCCAGCCGCGACUUCCUCAAGUUCGGCACGCCCAUGCAGGUCGUGCUGGCGGUCGUGUCCAUCGUGUCCCUUAUCGCACAUGACUCCUGGGGUUUUGUUUGGCUCGUCACUGGCGCCGCCAGCCUGGUGGUCAUGGGCCUGCCCCAGGUUGUGGACAUAUUGUACAGGUGGAAGGCCCGCAAGCAUGUGCCGCUCAAGGAGGUCAACUAGCCGGUACCCAACCAGAAACUCAAGAAGCAGCUCUCCCCAAAUUUCAUCUUCCUUCAGUCGUCUUCCCAGUCAAAGUCGUAGACAUGCACUCGUUCUACUUGCAGUGUUGUUGAA